UUUUUUCAUUUUUUACUUUAUGAGAUAGAAACUUCGUAAUUUUUAUGUAAAUUGCCAAUUAUAAUAAAUUUUUUGUGUAGAAUUAAACAUGGAGGCUGCAACAGAUGUGGAUUCAUGUUGGGACGAGAAAGACGACUUGGUUGACAAGAAGGCAGUGGACUCACUUGCCGCUGAACUGGCUGCUGCCAUAACUGGGGCCUAUAUGUUGAAGAAAAAGUUUACCAAUUUCUGUCCAGUCGAGGUGAAGCCAAAGGUCUCAGAUCCAAAGCUUAUAUUAACUGAGAAGCUGAGUGAUGCAACUUUUGACGAGGAUUCUGAGAGUAGCAGUUCCUUCACCUCCACUGAAACUGUCACCAUGGAAGAGGACCCCUUGAACAAAUCCUUUAGCUGCUUGCCCAUCAAAACCCCAAGUAAUGAGAAUCUCAAAUGCAAACAACCGAAGAAAACUAAGCUGGGCACCCACAUCCUUCGCCUGCUCGGUGAUCCCGCUACCGGAGCCUUUAAGGUCUAUGUUGGAAAAUAUAAAUUUAUUUGUCAUAUCACUGUUUUGCAACUGCACUCGCAAUACUUUCGGGACCACCAUGAUAUAAAUGUCCAGAAAGUCCACUUGCCCGCCGAUAAAGUUACACCUUCUAGUUUUUAUGUCAUCUACAACUGGAUGCUGGACAACACAUCGAAACUCCAAAAGCCAAAAUGUAGUUUGGUGGAAUUAUACAGUGCGUCCAAGUUUCUGGGCAUCGAGGAAUUGGUGGAAUUUUGCUGGAAGAUAACCAGUGAUGUUAAUAUAAAUGGCAGUCGAGCUUUUGCUCUGUUUUUGGAGGCCUAUACUUGGGAUAUACCCACAUUCAAGAACAUCAUGAUAUCCCGCAUCGGUGACUUCUUCCUGAACCUGGUGGCGUCCAAGGAAUUUGUGGAAUUAGAUCUACAUUCGGUUCGAGAGCUGCUGAGCAUGAACAAUGUGGGUGUGAACAGUGAAAUUGAGAUAUUCAUGUCUGGAGUGCGGUGGCUUAGCCAUGAUUGGAAAAAAAGGGAAGUCUACUUGCACAAGAUAAUGGAAUGUGUGCGCUUCUUCCUGCUGCCGCCACCCUUCCUCCGAUUUUUGGUUGGUGAACAGCAAACCAAGGUAUUCGAUGUCAUUUCCAAGAACAAAAAAAUCGUGAGGACCGUCUACAAGGUGUUCGUUUACACCUCCGCUGAGGUAUGCGAUUUGGCGCAGUGCGCAGUGGAUCAGGAUUUGGAAUUGGGGGAGCAGAGAAACUGGAUAUACAAUCCACGGUGUCCGUACCAUCGUAUGCCAGCGGGCAACCAGGGGCAGUUCUUCACCUACCAGCAGUUCCUAGACUACCUGGAGUCGCUACACGACUCGCCGCCUAGGCCGCCUCUUGACUCCUAGGUCAUGGAGGUCUCCAAUAACCCGCCAACUCUCAAAAUUCAGCAAAACGCAAUGUGAAAGCCAGAAGGAAGUGUGCCGCAAUAUUUGGGCAGUUGCCGACGCGGCUGCCUUUCAUUAAAACAGGCAAGGCUUGAACGGCCAAAGCGGCUUAAAUAGACAGACUUUUGUUUGCCCUGUUGGCCGUUUCUUUGGCCAAACAACAGUCAGGAGAUUUGGCAACCCGAAGAGACAACAGCGAGCCGCAAUGGCACACUUGGCGCAUUUACUUAACAAUGGCAAGAAAAGCUGGCUGGGAUUGAAGCGGAGUUUAUAACUAAUUGGGUAAUAGUUUGGGGGUGAACUAAUGCUUCAUUGGAAGGCAGGAAUAGCAACACUCUUCGUAGUCUAGAGGUUUUUUAGAUAAUGUACCAGGACAAAUUAAAUUAGAUAACAAACUAAGUUACUUCCUUGAUUAGUUUAGUAAAUGUUUCGGUUAGUAUUUAGGUUUAAGCUAUUUUUUAUAGAAAUUUUCAAAUAUAAUCUCUUUUCUCUGAACCUCCAA